UAAAUAUAUCUAGUUUCUACCAAAUCCCACCAGAAAAGAAAGAAAGAAGAAAAAAAAAAGAUGGACGCCAUAGAUUCAGUAAUCGAUCCACUGAGAGAUUUUGCUAAGGACAGCGCUCGUCUUGUUAAACGCUGUCACAAACCUGAUCGCAAAGAGUUUACGAAAGUUGCGACUCGGACUGCGAUCGGGUUCGUUGUGAUGGGAUUUGUAGGUUUUUUUGUGAAGCUCAUUUUCAUUCCUAUAAAUAACAUCAUUGUUGGCGCCACUUAAAAGCAGGCUGCACGGAGGUUGACAGAUGCAAAAGAAUAGAAGGCUUAGAGAUGAGAAUAAAAUGAACACUGAUGUCUUUUACAUCUGUUCAAAGAUAUCAUAUGCCUAUUUCUUUAAUUACUCUUACGUGUUACUACUAAAACAAAUGAGGAUUGCCCUGUUUCAGGUGUGAAUGUUUGUUUACUAUUACAAUGGUCUGUUAUACCCGUUAUUAUUAUUCUAUCGAACUCGUCUAUGUUACAUAA